AUGGCGGCAGUCAAUGUAGCCAAGGGCCUUUACAUGGGCGGCCAGGAGGCUCUGCAGCAGGUGGAGGAGCUGCGCAUCACACACAUAUUGAGUGUCGUGAACUACGAGGUGGAUCCGCCGCCAGGGCCAGAUCACAUGCGCAUAGAUCUGGAGGACGACGAGGGCGCCAACCUGCUCGAGAAGCUUCCCGCGGCCCUGGCCUGGCUGGAGGCGGCUUUGCGGCAGAAGGGGAAGCGCGUGCUGGUGCACUGCCACGCGGGUGGGCGCGGGCGGGGCGGGCCGGUGCAGGCCGGUCGGCGGCGGCAGAGAGGCGACGGCAGCAGCAGCAGCGUGCUGCAAUGA